UACUGAAUGUUCAAAGAUCGUAUAAAAGUAUCACACAAACCGAAACACAAACCUGUUUCCGCAGGAUGGAGAUGACAUUCACUUUGUUAAUGCUGUUCCUGGCUCCAGAGCUGGUAAUAUGUAUUAGCCUUCUUGUAGCAAUUCAACUUUGGUUCUACUUGUCUACCAAGCGUUACGAGAAUAUUCCAGCAUACGGUACAAAAAAUUCCCUUUUGCUCAUGUGGCAACAUUUCCAGCAAAUAUGUAGAAUAGAAAAAGAUAACCCUCCAGCUUCAUAUUUAUUCAAGAUAGUGAUAGCUUUCGCAGCCAUGUUUCAGCGUGAAGGGGCAUUCUUUAUGUGGAUUGGAUUCGAACCGCAUGUGGGAAUUUACAAAGCCGAAUAUGUCAAAAAAGUAAUAACCAGCAAAUUGGCUGAUGAUAAAUCCAAGCAUUAUCGUACUUUUCUUCCUAUUGUCGGAUCUGGUUUAGCUACGAGUUCUGGUAACAAACAUACAUGGCGAAGAAAACUACUGCAGCCAGCAUUUCACUCGAGAAUUCUGGAGAGUUACGUCGACAUAUUUAAUAAGCAUUCAUUAAUUCUCGUUGAUAAGCUAAAAAUGGUGACAAACGAGCCAUGGAUUGAUAUUACGCCUGUGGUAACUGCUACUGCCUUGGAUAUUUUAUGUCAUACUAUAAUGGAUAUAGAUAUCGGUAGUCAACAGGGAAACCACGAAGCUGAAAAAUAUGUGGAAGCUCUAGAUGAGAUCAUGGAUGUACUCACUCAUAGAAUGGUAAGACCGUGGCUUUCGUCUGAUAUUAUCUUUUCCUUCACGUCCCUAGGCCGGCGAUUUCGAAAGGCUGUAAUGAUUACAAACGAUUUCACUAAAAAGAUUACCAAUCAGAGGUUGGAAUCUCUCAAACUGGAAGAAGAAAAUAAUGAAUAUAAUGAAAAUUUGAAGAGGGGCAGCAAAUCAUUCUUGGACUUGUUGCUGGAACAGCAUGUUAAGGAUCCAAGUUUUACUCUUGAGGAUGUUCAGGAAGAAGUGAACACUUUCAUGUUUGCA